UCAGCCACCGCCCGGCACGCUGUAUUCGAUUAAUGCCACCCGCCGCACCGUGUGGCCUCCUUCUGUCCUUACCGUCCCUCUCCCUCUCCUCCUCCUCCCCCUUUCCCUAACCGCCACCAUGCACGCACGUUGCAGCAUCUGCCAGGACACUCUCGGCGACGCGAACACGCCCAUGACCACCCUCUGCGGCCACCUCUACUGCGCGGAGUGCGCCGCGUACCAGUUCGCGAACGGCGACGUCUGCGCGAUAUGCCGCACGGGCCCCUACGAGCUCGACGCGCUCAUCAGGCUCUUCCCCCACUACGAGCGCGAGCCGCCACAACCACCCUCGCCGCGCGCGGGCGGAUCGGGGGCGCAGAUGGAGGGCGGGAGGGCGGAGGCGAUGGUGGCGUUGCAUGCGUACUAUGAUGUUUUGGAGAGCGAGGACGUGCUGCGGUCUCCGGCACUGGAUUCUGCGCUGGAGAGGACGGACGACCUCGUAGCCGCCUUGGCAGACAUUGAGGCUCCGGAUCUACGGAACCUACUCGCAAAUGUCGUGGGGCUCCUUGGAGACAUCCGUGCAAAAAUCGCAGACGCAGCCCGCCUCUCGGAACUCGAAUCGCAACGCGACACGCUCCAGACAAUGGCGCGCCGCUUGACUGAGCGCCUCCGCGAACAUCAACGCGCACGCGAGACCGAGCGGGAGGCCGCCACCGAGGAGCUCACUCGACUCCGCGAAGAGUGGACGGCACGCAUCGCAGCGUUGCAGGAGGAGCUCCAGGGGACGACGGCGCAACUGAACACGGAACGCGCAAAGGUCGAGCAGGCCAAGGUCGUGAUGACGGAGCUCGACGCGGACGCGAAGAAGUGGCAGACGCAGGCGUCGCGGUACAAGAAGAAGCAUCAUAGCCUCAAGAAGAAACAUCAGGCCAUGGAGACUGGCAUCCAAGAUGCGUUUUUCGGGGGCGAUGACUCGCUCGAUCUCAUCUGAAGCGUGCAUCCUCACAAUCGUACUAUCAUUCUCGUCGUGCCUUACACUCUAACAUAUACCCACACUCCUUUAACAUUUGGCAGUUCUGCAUUAGUUGCCUAUUGAUACUUAUGGCUUUAGUGUUCGGAUAGAUGGAUAAUGACGUUCAAGACAUGGACGGAUGGGACCCAGGC